GGUGUUCUUUCUCUGUACUUUUUCCCUUCCCCACAUCAAUGCACUGUAAAUCUGCUAAGAGCCAUGCUGCAGAGACUGCAGAUUAAAAUCACUAAAGCUUUUACCAGUGCAAAUGCAUGCUCCAUACAUCUUGCUCUCUAUUAAUCAAUGAUCAUGUCCCAGUCACCAUUUUGCCAGGAUUAAUUCUUAUCUUGCCCCACACACCAGGUAAUAAGAACAUCAGAUGCCUGGGGCUGUCUAUGGUAGUGGACUAUAGUGACCUACUUUUUUUUUUGCCUUAUAAUAUGUGGUUUGAGAUUUAUCCGGGUGUGGUUUCAUGCUGUAUUCUCAGAUUCAUACCUGAGAUGAGGGAGAGUGCUAGCAUAAUGAAUGUUUAAUGUCUACACACCGUCUCUAGAGUUUAGCUUUUAUACAAACCUCAUGUCCAACAGAACAAUUAGGCAUAAAGGAAGCAAUGCAAACAGUUCCUGAUAUCUGUUUCUAUAAAGAAACAUUAAACAUUUACAAUUACAAUUUUCUACAUAAAUUAUAAUAUUGAGAAUUCUGUUUAAAGUUAGAAAUUAAGUCGAAUUCAGAGGCAAAGUAUUUGUUUUAUGUGACAAGGACUCCGUGUGAUGCUAUUUAUAAAAAAGCAAAUGCAGUUGUAAACUGUUUGUCUUUUCAAAAGCUUCCUAUUGUUGGGACAGAGAGAUGUUGGAGCUAGAGUUUAUACCCGGUAAUGAGGGAAUAAGCGUGGAGAGCACAAUGCUCAGAGCUGGCAGGAGGGGGAUUCAUGCUCAGAGGGAGCAUGUAAACGCAUUCACACCUCGCUCGCAUUUCAAUGCCUGAUAACUUAUAGCACAAUAUUGGCAGGUCGAGCUCGACAAGCGCUUGCAUGUGAAUGGUGUCUGGGAGCGCAACGGCGAAUCCACAAAGCCCGCGCGCCUUAACGGAAGUGGACGAACGAGCUCCACUGAAACUCCAGCUCCUAUCAGCACAAAUCAUGUGUGAAAUUAAAGAAUAGGUUUAAAACCGGGGGAAAGGAGCGGCUGAUGGAGAUCAAACUCAUGAACUCCACCCGAUUCCUUACAGUACACUCGCAGAAAGAAAAGGAGCAGCCUGAACUACACCUUUCCUUGGCACUGUGCUUGUACAUCUUUUAGAGGUGUAGUGUGUAGAUCUAGUGUGUUACACAGAAACGUGAAUGUGGUGUACCUGCACAAUGAUUUCAAGUACAUCACUGUACACUGAGGAUCAGUCAUAGCCCAUGCCUUUAAUUAGCUUUUAGAGGAAUCUUAUACACUUCAUGCACCUUUCCAGGUAAAAGAUACACAUUAAAAGGUAUAAAAAUAUGUUCCCUUGAUGGUAUCAGCCAAGUGACAAGAAAGUGAAUGUAUUAUUAUAUUAAUAAUAAUAAUAAUUAUUAUUGUUGUUGCUGUUGUUGUUGAUGAUGAUGAUGAUGUUGAUACUACUACUACUACUACUACUACUACUAGUACUACUAGUAGUAGUAGUGGUAGUAGUAAUCAUAAAUUGCUUAGUUUCCCUUUACCAAAAUUCACCAUAUCACGAUCUGGCUUUCAUCGUUGAAGAGCUGCACCUGCGUCGUGUUCCCGCCAAGUUUUGCUGAAAACCGCAAAGAAUUUCCAUAAAAAAAAUUAAAGCGAAAGAAGAGUUAAGAAAACUCGGCUAAGUGAAGGCAGAGAGGCAUGUUGAAAAAAAAAAAGCCCUCUCUGAUGUACUGAUGGUCCUCGCAGAUCGCCCUAUCAGGUGCAAAAACCACUGACAGGUUUCCACCCACUAGCGACCAAAAAAAGCCCCUCGCGGCGCACCGAGCCUCCGCGGCACAUGAACCGCUGACACGCGCUCCGGAUCGUUACACACUCCGCCUGCACGCGCUUUUACACCGGAUAACAGUCUAAUCUAAACUCAAGACGAGUCUCUCUUUUAUAUAUACACAUAUAUACAUAUAUAUAACACAUAAAUAUAUUUAAUUUCGCCACAACGUAGAACUAAUCUCCGCGAGUAGAACCACUUUUCUUUUCGACCUCCUAAGCCACCGGACACGGAAAGUUACCCUUGACCCAUGCUGAGGUGGACUUUACCGGCAGGUACGAGCGGAAUUGAACUUCGUCUGAAUACCGGACCGACACUCCCUAGGCGUGAAAAAAAGCGCCUGUGGAAUUUGUAGUCAGCGCGGAAGAGACACAUCCCGCGUGCAAAUUGAAUCUUUCCGCGCUCGGAGCGAGAGAACGGCGUGCGCGCGCAGCGGAGCCAAACCGCAAAGCGUGCGGGAAUUAGGAAGCGGGGAAGAAACGGACGGAGAUACGGCCGGUUGUUCCCAUUCAGUCCAGGCAAAGUGAGGAAGAGCCUGAUGUGGCUCCCAGCGGCACAGUUUUACUGCACUGAUCUCUCGUGUCACUGGGAGCGCGAGUCUCCCCCGGGAUUUUGCGCGUGAGGCCUCGGCGCCGUGUUUAGACUGGACCGGCGAGUGCUGGAAACAGGUGGAUCUGACCAAGAUGUCCGUGCUGCCUUCAAGGUUCAGCUACGUGUGUUUACAUUUUCUGGUCCUCUACUUCCAGUUACAGGAGUCGCACCAGAGUUCUGCAGACUUCCGCUUCUACAUUGAGAACCACACACGCGAUGACGUGAGUCGGAAACAGGUGCGGAUAUACCAGCUGUACAGCCGGACAACAGGGAAGCAUGUACAGAUCCUCGGCAAGAAGAUCAAUGCUAACGGAGACGAUGGGGCUCUCCUUGUUGUUGAGACAGAGACAUUUGGGAGCCAUGUUCGAAUACAAGGAAAAGAAAGUCGCUACUAUAUCUGCAUGAACAAGAAUGGCAAAAUCAUUGGCAAGCUCAACGGGAGUAACCCAGAGUGUGUGUUCGUGGAGGAGUUCUUGGAAAACAACUACACGGCGUUAGUGUCUGCCAAGUACAAAGGCUGGUACCUGGGCUUCAACCGCCGGGGCCGGCCCAAGAAAGGCUCACGGACCACACAGACACAGCAGGAAGUGCAUUUCAUGAAACGUGACCCUAAGGGCAAGGUGGACCCUCAGGAGGAGUUCCGUUUCACCACUGUAACGAAACGGACGCGUAGGGCACGGCGCUUAAGGCCAAACCACAAAACAAACUGAAGUGACACGGACCAAGCAUGCACUCUUCCUUUACAGACAUCUCAAACUUCUUGCCUUAAACCAGCAUAAAGGUUAUUGUGAUUAAGCAGCAGGAGAGGAAACCUGAAAGAUGGCUACAGGACAAAAAAAGACAAAAAGCUUAAAAAAGUUCAAAGAUGUUUUAUUUUUAUAUUUUCGGAUCUCUGAGUCUCUCUUAGGUGUUGAAUGUCUCUGGGUUAUCAUUAAUGUUAUAUUGUGUCUGUUACUCUCUGUUAUUUAUAUUGGACAAACUAUGGAUGACAAAAAAUGAACUGUGGUCUCCCACUUUGACGAGUUUACAGCAGCAGGCAUCCUGUUGAAAAGGAGAGAUUUGACUCCAAUACCCAAGAAAAACUUCUAUAUUUCAUUUUGAAUUGGCCCAAACAACAAGGAUCUGUUUUCUUCCCGCUGGAAUGGGCCAUCAUUUAAAUGCAAGAGGAGCAUGAUGACAGGGUCACUUUGCAGGACUCUGUAGCAGCUUCAGUACAGGCCAACACUAGCUUUGAGUGCAAUAUUUUGAAGAGCCCUCCAUGAAGCAUCUCAUUGCCUUCAUUUCUGGUCAGUGAUUUUUCUGUGAGAAGUCUGAGUGUUCUCUCUAGGCCUGUCUGCGGGUGAAGUGUGCUUAAUCACACCCAGCAAUUGUAUGAUUCCUUUUACAUUUUUGUGCAACCUGUGAUUCAGCAGAGCACAACAUGCUUUGACUAGCCAGGCAUCAGCAUCAGCUAUGGCGGUAGUGCUUGUUAAAACAAAUGAAGAGAAGCUUGGAGUUGAAGGGACUCAAAGAGCAAAACAUGUUGAUUUGAUGAGAACCUUUUGACCUUUCUCGCUGUACUUUGGUGCAAGGUUUACAAAAAUGCACUGUAGUGACAGUGGGCCUGAUCUCAAACAUUAGCACACACAUAUGUACUUCUUUUUUAUUUCAAAGUGUUACAGGAAUUCAUAGUACUAUACGGUAGUUUUUGAAGAAUUACCACAAAAUCUGUUAUAAGUCUAACGGUGAUUUUUUUUCCCUCUGCCAAUUUAAUGUGCUGUUCUCAGAGCCUGUAAAAUGGUCACUUCUUUAAAUCUAUCACUUUAUAGGAAUACCUAUCAGGUUAUGCUGUAUUCCAGCUCUCCAUUUAUAAACUCCUUCUAUGAUGGUUUAGACAACAUCUUUCUGUAUAUGUACUUAUGUCCACUAAGGCUUUAUACCUGACCAUUCUGAAUUGAGCUACAACAGGGACGGUGGAACACCUUUCACUAAACUCACCUGUGCUAAGGUUUGCCCUCCAUAUGGGUGUCGCUGUAGUGUAAACAAAUCUAUAUACUCCUUUGUCACAUGACAGGUUUUCUAAGAGAUACUACUAACAAACAUGACACAUGUAUGGUUAAAAAAAAAAAAACGUAUGCAAAAAAAUAAUUUUAUGACUAUUAUAAAAAUAUUUAUUGCCUUUCUCUGUAAAUACAACCUGAUGAAUUUAUUUGACCUCUUAAUAAAAAUAAGGACUAUAUUAAAAAAACAAAAAGGAAAAAGAAUGGUUGUGUUUUCUUUUAAGUUUCAGCUGCAGAUGCUUCAAAAAGUUUUGUGUUUUGCUCAGAAAACCUCUAAAGACUAAUACUUUAUUCGUUCUGCCAAGAAACAAUUCACUGCAAGAUAUUUUUAAGAUUUGUAAAAUGCUCAGAAAUUUGCUUAACAGUUUAACAUUCAUCCAUGUGCACACCUCCCUUAUUUAUCUGUGACUUGCAUUUUUCCAACUACGGCUUUCCAUCUCCCAUAUGUCAGCAGAGAAAAGGAAGAAAUCUGGAUUUUCAUAGAUGGUUGUGGUAGAUUUCAGUCCAGAAGUAGGUUGCACACACUUCUCAUCCUAAGAAGAGGCUAUGAAUGUGGGAAUGGAUGUGCUUGGAUAGGACACUUUUUGUCAUCUGAACUGUUAACAGGCUAUGAAAAGGUGAAUUGCACUUCAGAAAUGAGCAACAAGGUCCAGGAAAUGUGUCAUAAUUAAGUUAUGAGGCGCAUAAAGACAGCUAAGAGAUUCUCAGACAACAUGAGAAUUCAAGGAUCGUUUAGACUCAAGGUUAUGUCAACAGAUUCCCUCCUCGCUUUUACAUAUUGCCUCUUUUUAUGAAAUCAAUUAGAACCAGAGGGAGUAGAGGAAUGUUCAAAGAGAAUGUUCGGAAAGGUAUUAAGGUUAAUGGAACUAUUCCUUUUCCAAAUGGAUUUUCAAAUCUUCUGGUAUGAAAUCUUGUUCUGGAAGACAUUACUUUUGUGGAAGACAGUACUCUCAUUAGACUGACUACAUUAGCCUCAAGAGAAACACUUAUUUUUUCUAGAGUUCAGUCUGUCAAUAACUGACAUUAGCACAGAUGCGUGCUUAUCGCACUGUUCACAUAUGGGUAGCACUGAUGUACAAAACGUUGCAGUUCAGUGUCUGGAAUUUUCAAGUAUUUCUUUCUAUUUGUGAUCUUUCUCACUCUAUUCCUCUCACACUUAGUGACUUCUUUUUGGCAGGCCUAUUUGAGCUGUUUCUUUAAAGGAGGAGGAGAAGGAAUGCAGGAUAGCAUGUCUUAUAAUGUUGUAUUCAGGAAUGGUGUUUACAGUAGCAGUCAGUCUGAAAGAUGGCCGUUUUGAGUAAAAAAUGCCUUUUGUUUAACUUCCCACUGAUGUUAUCAGAUCUAGCUCUAUACAGCCACCUACAGCGGGUAAAGACUAGAGGACACGGUCUGAUUUACAUGUCCAACAACCUCUCUAUUUGACUCUCUAUUUCUCUAUUUGUCUCUCCUUUUUCAUUCUUUCCUGAGGUGGAAAGUGGAGUGAUAUGUAGUACAUGGCCUUCAUUGCUCAAAAUAGACAGCUGAAAAGAUAUCCCAUCAUUUUCACACAGACAGCUGUCUGGACAUUACAGGUUUAAAGAAACACUCAGAGCGCCUUCUCUUUCUAGCAAAUCCAUUUUUUUGUCUAGCACAUUUUUGAUGAGACAGGACGGAAAGGAGGGCCCAUGCAAAUGCUGAUAAGAGAAAAAAAAAUGUAUUACCAUUGCUGUAAAAUGUGUACACAUCACCAGGAUCUCAUGGCACCAUGCUAUCGAGAUCAGGAUCAGAUUAACCUCAUACUUUAAACACGAGUCAAAAAGCGACUGUAACAGACAUGUUUUUUGUCUAAGGAUAAGACGCAACCCUAAAAGUAUCUGAUAUCCACGUAGAUGGAACCAUUCUGCAAUGACAGCACUCAAGAAAGUUGAAUACAGACUUUUUAAGAGUCCAGACAUCUGAAAAUUAAAGAACAGAGAGCAUUCAGUGCAGGGCUCCCGCCAGCGCCUCUCCUCUGGCUUAACCUUUGAUCAGUGGAGGAUGGCCCU